AUGGAUCGAACAAGAUAUGAACAGUUGACAAUGGCGAGAAACUUGGUGACAGUGUGCAUGUUCUGCCUCUUGUGCGCGGCGCACACGUGCGGAUCGCAUGUGGACAUACAAAGUGAUACGGACGUGCGAGCGUACGAGCCGCAGCGCAUCGAGCAUGCGUUCGACACGAGCAUAGACAAGAGGCAGAGGCUGAGGCACAAACGGGAGGUUCAAGUUAAUCCGAGCAGCUAUGUUGAACAGAUAUUUAGGUUGUACGGUGACGCAGGGUCGAUGACAAUGAACAUGACAGGGUUUCACAGAAUGCUCAAGUGGCUGGAGCUAGACAAGAUGGUCGAAGGUGGUGUACAGAAAAUAGAGAAUAAGGAUUAUAUGUACGAUCAGCGGGGGGCGAUGGAUCACGAAGUUAAAUGUGUAAGCAGUUCAGAACUAAUAACAACAGUGAAUAGUAAAUUAAAAUCACAUGAUCACGACCACGGCCACGGUCACCACGAUCACAGUGAUCACGACACAGAGAAUCUCAUAUCCCAGGACACUUUGCAGGCGAUAUGUCCUAUCCUACUAUACCAAAAAGUCGCAAAUUCCUCUAUAGAAAGGGGGGGCUGCGUUCUAGACACAAAAUUUCAAACUACCCUCAGAAUGCGGGAUAAGAGAGAGAGCGCCUACUCCAAAAACAUGUUCACUGUGUGGUUGUACUCGUGUUUAAGUAUAACUGCGAUCAGCGCGUGCGGUUUACUCGGAGUCGCGGUCAUUCCUAUUAUGCAUAAGACUUAUUAUAAUCAUUUACUGCAAUUCCUAGUUGCGCUAGCGGUGGGUACACUGUGCGGGGACGCGCUGUUGCAUUUGAUGCCACACGCCAUGAGCCCCAUAGAAGACGAAGAAGGAACCGCCUUAGAUACAAGAACGUCGCACGACGACGGCAUGUGGAAAGGCCUGGCGGCCAUGAUGGGCGUCGUGUUCUUCUAUUUCACCGAAAAGGGUCUAACCGUCGUGGUGGAAUGGAGAAAGCGCAGACAGAAGCUCGAAGAAGACAAACUACCUCCCAGGGUCCGUGUGCUCAAAGACGAAACGGUUGGAGGUUGUUCUGGUGGUGCUAAAGCACCCAUUUCCAAUUCUACCUCGAAUUCCCUAAUGAAAAUCUUUAAGAGGGACGAAAAGGGCGAUCCAACGACGAAAACGUGCAAACACAAGUACUCAGAGUACCCGUACUGCUAUGACGAAAUAGACACGGACACCCACGACGAGCAUCAUAUGAGAGACGGCGUUCCACCCAGUCCUAAAGCUAACAAGGUAAAUAGCGUCAGCGUUGUCUCGUCUAACGCGCUGAAUGACAAAGAUAAGGAACCGACUGCUAAGGACUGGUUGUUGAAAGGCGAAGCACCGGCGGUGGUUGAAAUGAAUAAUAUUAAGCACAAGGAGGAUGGCGUCAAGGACUUGAAGGAUGGAGAUAGCUAUACUGUUAUUUUGAGAGAACACUCCCGCGCCCACCACGGUCAUUCUCAUGCUCAUGGUCACGUGCAUGCACCACCAUCUUCCAUGUCUUCAGUAGCUUGGAUGGUGAUUAUGGGCGAUGGUCUUCACAACUUUACAGAUGGAAUGGCAAUAGGUGCAGCGUUCGCAUCGAACAUUGCCGGUGGAUUUUCCACAGCAAUAGCAGUAUUAUGCCAUGAAUUACCACACGAAUUGGGCGACUUCGCUGUCCUGUUGAAAGCCGGUAUGUCUGUGAAACGAGCGGUCUGCUACAAUAUCCUGUCGUCUGCGCUUUGUCUGGCCGGUAUGGUUUGUGGGGUUUUGGCCGGACAUGCACCAUCAGCUACCAGAUGGCUCUUUGCUGUAGCUGCUGGGACCUUUUUAUAUAUCGCCCUCGUUGAUAUGAUGCCCGAGCUCAGCACAUCACACAGCAAAGAAGGCACCUUGUGCCAAUGCCUCUUGCAGUUGAUGGGGCUCGCUACUGGCAUUGGAAUCAUGCUGGUCAUUGCCCUCUAUGAACAUGACCUCAAAAACUUAUUUGGAUAA